AUGCAAGUAAUGCUGCGAACGACGAUCGGCCUCCAACAGGGCUGUAUUUUCGGAGGCUCAGGAGUGGGGCACUGCCUUCAUCGGAUAAUGCUUCUCACAGACCUGUCGACACAGCAGCCUAAGUCGCAAGUGGGAGGCCGCAUCAUCGAUGGAGUAGAAGGUCCUCAAUUAGGCCAUGCAAGCCCCACAUUUCGGUUCUUAAUGUGGCUGUGCGGACUCGUCCGCUUACCUCUCAACACCGAUCAUCCGUCCCCUCUCGCACAAAUCCAUCAGCCUCCAUGGGAGAACUUGAGAGGCUGCGAGAGCAGCUACAGAGAGAGCAACGCCUACGCGAAGAGGAGCAACGCCGACGCGAAGAGGAGCAACGCCGACGUGAAGCGGCCGAAGGCCGCGCCCUCAAGGAACAACACCAACGAGAAGAAGAACAACGCCGACGCGAAGAAGAGCAACGCCGACGCGAAGAAGAGCAACGCCGACGCGAAGAAGCCGAGAAACUCGCAGACGCAUCGCGACUAUUAA